AUUAGUCCAAACCCAUCUUUCAAACAAAAAUCUCACGUAGUCAUCAGUCACAUGUAAUCUCCCCCCUAUCCUCAAUCAACACUACAUUUUCUUCCUUUUUUUAAAGUAACGAUUUUUACCCAAAAAAAAAAAAAAAGAAAAAUCAACCAAUCAUUUUGCACUCAGCGAUGGAUCAUCGAGAAUUCACUGAGCUGAUACCCGGUUUACCCGAAGAAAUCGCCCUCGAUUGCCUGACCCGGCUCCACUAUUCAGCCCACCGGGUGUCUUCCCGCGUCUGCAAACGAUGGCGUCAUCUUCUCCAAAGCAAGGAUUUUUACUACCACAGAAAGCAGACCGGGUUCACCUACAAAGCCGCUUGUUUUGUUCAAGCUCUUCCGGUCCUAUCCGAGCCCAAACCCACGGCUCAGCCCAGGUACGGUAUCUCUUUGUUCGACCCUGUUUCACUCGACUGGAACCGAAUCGACCCGGUACCCAAGUACCCGGAUGGUUUGCCCCUCUUCUGUCAGGUGGUUAGCACGGAGGGGAAGCUUGUUCUGAUGGGCGGGUGGGACCCAUCGACUUGGGACCCGGUCAGGGACGUCUUCGUUUACGAGUUCACGACUCAGAAGUGGACUCAGUGCGCUGAUAUGCCCUCGACCCGGUCAUUCUUCGCAAUCGGCGCGGUGGAGGGGAGAGUGGUGGUGGCCGGAGGGCACGACGAGAGCAAGAAUGCUUUGAGCUCGUCGUGGGUGUACGAUAUCAAGAAGAACGAGUGGUCCGAGUUGGCCAGGAUGAGUGAGGAGCGAGACGAGUGCGAGGGUGUGGUUGUCGGGUCGGAGUUCUGGGUGGUGAGCGGGUACGGAACGGAAACACAAGGAGCGUUCAAGAACAGCGCGGAGGUGUACGAAUUCGGGUCGGGUGGGUGGAGGGUGGUGGAGGAUGCGUGGAGGGUGAGCCGGUGCCCGAGGUCGUGCGUGGGGGGUAAAAAUGGGAAUACAUUAAAGUGCUGGUCGGAGGCGGAUACAGCAGUACAGGUGGGGGCUUGUGGGGUGGACCUUGGAGAAAGGACCGUGGUGACCGGGUCGGCAUAUCAGGGGGCGCCACAUGGAUUCUAUCUAGUUGAGGGGCAAAAUGGUAAAUUGACGAAGAUAAAUGUACCUGAUGAGUAUUCUGGAUUUGUGCAAUCCGGGUGCUGUGUGGAGAUUUAAUCAAGAUUUUUAUUUUUUCUGUUUGUGUUCACUGUGUUGUGUUACACACAGCUGCAUUGUGGUGAUGUGGAGUUAGCAGCAGCGUAGUGUUCAAUGCAGUUUUGUUUUGGCAUAUGUUUUUAAGAUUGUUGUUUCUAAGGAAAAUAUAGUAUAAAAUGAUGUGUUUGUAUAUUUAUUUUAUUGGGCAGAAACAAAUAUAUGAAAUGAUAAUAAGAAUGUGAUAUAGAGAAAGUUGAGACAA